AUGGAGAGCCAGCGCUGCUUCGCCAACCGCUUCGAUGACUACCCGGGCAGCCCGGCGGCGGCGCCGGACAAGGAGGCGGCGGUGCCGCUGGUGACGGCCACCAUCGAGCGGAUCCUGCGGGAGCUGCCGCCCCUGGGCGGCCCCCGCGGCUGCCCGGGCGGGCUGUACGGCGGGGUGGCCGGCGUGGCCUACAUGCUGUACCACGUCGCGCAGUGCCCGCUCUUCGCGCCGUCGCGGGAGGCUUACCUGCGGGCUGCCCGCCGCGUCGUGGACGCCUGCCUGCGCUACCAGGAGGGCGGCGGGGAGGCCGACGCCGAUACCCGCGCCGCUUUCCUGCUGGGCGGUGCCGGCGUGUACGCGGUGGCGGCGCUGGUCUAUCGCGCCCUGGGGCUGCCCGACUUCGCCCGGCCGCUGGGCAAGUUCCGAGAGCUGAGCGAGGUCUGCGCGCCCCUCUCCUUCCUCGAGUGCGGCUCCGACGAGCUCUUCGUCGGCCGCGCCGGCUACUUGUGCGCCGCCCUGGUGCUGAAGCAGCGGCUGGGCAUGGAGGUGCUGACCCCAGCACAAAUAAAAUCAAUUUGCCUGGCCAUACUAGAAUCAGGAAAGCAGUACGCAGUGAAGAAGAGGAAACCAUUUCCACUCAUGUAUUCUUACUAUGGAACAGAAUAUCUUGGUGCAGCACAUGGGCUUUCAUCAAUCCUUCAGAUGUUGCUUUCCUACUAUGAGUACCUGCAGCCAGCAGACCAGGAGCUUGUGUGGCAGAGUGUUGAUUUUCUUAUGGACCAAGAACAGAACAGCAACUGGCCUCCUGAGCUGGGAGAGACAAUUGAGCGGGAGAAUGAGCUUGUACACUGGUGUCAUGGAGCUCCAGGCAUUGCGUAUCUGUUUGCCAAAGCUUACCUGGUUUCCAAGAAGCCUCAAUAUCUGGACACUUGCAUCCGCUGUGGAGAGCUAACUUGGCAGAAAGGCCUGUUGAAGAAGGGUCCUGGAAUAUGCCAUGGAGUGGCUGGUAGUGCUUAUGUGUUCCUGCUGCUGUACAGGCUGACUGGAAACUCAAAAUACAUAUACAGGGCACAAAGGUUUGCAGAGUUCUUAUUUACAGAAGAAUUCAAGGCUGGUUCCCGGGCAUUAGAAAGUGUUUAUAGUCUGUAUGAAGGCUUCUCAGGAACUGUGUGUUUCCUGACUGACUUGCUGCAACCCAACCAAGCGGAGUUUCCUCUCUUCAGUGUCUUUGUCUAGAGGGUAAUAUUCUCCAGGGUCACAUCCUAGUGAUGAUGUGAGAGUAGAGCACUUUUUUGUCAGGAGGGGCUAUUUACAAAACAAGCCAGUGGUACC